UCCGACAUGUAUUAAUCGUUUCUCUCAUUGCUUUGAUAAUGUCAUUUUCUAUCAUAAAUAAACCUCCGCUAUUUUUGACGACACGUCUACACUAGUAUAAAACAUUAAGUAAUGCCAGACUGAUGUUGAAAAUAGAGUCAGCUCCCCUAGUCAGUUAAUUGUUAAACCUUCCCAAUUCUGUUUAUUUCCUGUUGUUGCUUCGUACACGUCUGUCCUGCUCGAUCGGCUCCACUUUAUAACUGAUAGUUAAGUGAAAACCCAAUUAAAUAUACAUGGUUGGUAAUUAACUGUGUAAAGAAAUAGAAACAGCAUUCUUUUCUUUAUAUUGAUCUGAAAAAUAUGAAUCAAAUCUAGAAAUUCUGUUGAAGCUGUUAUUUGUCCACAAGACUUAGAUUCUCACUACUUCAAUAUAUUGUCACAUCUUCCUCGUUGACUGGCUUUACGCAUAUAUAUUUCGAUAAAAUCACAUGAAAUUGGCUAAAGAGUAUUUUUUACUUUUAAAGAAUCACCAAUAUGUAUCAUGUUCGAAAGACUCUGCAAAGAUAUUCUACAAACGUAUAACCCGGCUUCUAUGAAACACUGCUGAAUUACUGUAAAAUAUUCCCUCUGAGAGAAGAACCAUUUCUUUACCUCUGUGUCUGAGAUAAUUUUCUCUUGUAAAUAUACUUUCAUGAAUUUACAAAGAGUAUUUGCAACAUUUCUAAACAUUGACAAACAUCACAUUUAGAAGAAAUAUAAGAGAAGUGAUAUUUGUUUGGAAUAAAGUAUAAAGACGAAAAAUAUCCAUAUAUUUUGGUGAGAGAAGAAUUAUUUUUGAAAAGUUAUUGAAGGAUUGAUUUUAUUUUUCCUGGAGAGAUGUCGGAAGAAUUAGGAAAAUCAUUACAUGACUAUGACAUCUGCAAAGCAUCAUUUUCAAACGAAGGCAAACUCAACCAACACAAACGCUUUCAUAGAGGAGAGAAACAACAUCACUGUGAUACGUGUGGUAAAUCCUUCUAUCAAAAUUCAGAUUUAGUGAGUCACAAACGGAUUCACACAGGUGAGAAACCAUAUCACUGUGACAUCUGUGGAAAAUCAUUCUCUCUUGGAGGCAGUUUAAUUAAACACGUGCGAAUUCAUACAGGAGAGAAACCAUAUCACUGUGAUAUCUGUGGGCAAUCAUUCUCUCGAAGAGAUAAGUUGAAUAUACACAAAUAUAUUCAUACAGGAGAGAAACCAUAUCAUUGUGAUACUUGUGGUAAAUCAUUCACUCAAAAUAGGGAUUUAACUACUCAUGUACGCAUUCAUACUGGGGAGAAACCAUAUCAUUGUGAUAUCUGUGGUAAAUCAUUCUCUACAGGGAGUACCGUAACUAAACACAAACGCACACAUACAGGAGAAAAACCGUAUCACUGUGAUAUCUGUGGUAAAUCAUUCUCUGCUACAAGUAACUUAACUACUCACAAACUUAUUCACUCAGGAGAGAAACCAUAUCACUGUGAUGUCUGUGGUAAAUCAUUCUCUGCUGCGUCUAGCUUAACUACUCACAAACGUAUUCAUACAGGGGAGAAACCAUUUUAUUGUGAUAUCUGUAGUAAAUCAUUCUCUGAUGGAAGUAGGUUAACUCGACACAAACGCCUUCACACAGGGGAGAAACCACAUCACUGUGAUAUCUGUGGUAAAUCAUUCUAUGAAAAUCGAUGUUUAGUUAGUCACAAACGCGUUCAUACAGGAGAGAAGCCGUAUCAGUGUGAUAUUUGUAGUAAAUCAUUGUCUAACCGAGAUAGCUUGGCUAUUCACAAGCGUAUUCAUACAGGGGAGAAACCUUAUCUGUGUGAUACCUGUGGUAAAUCAUUUGCUCGAAAUAAUGAAUUUGCUAUCCACAAACGCUUACACACAGGAGAGAAACCAUAUUGUGAUAUUUGUGGUAAAUCAUUCUCUAGAAAAUAUCACUUAACUGUUCAUAAACGUAUUCAUUCAGCAGAGAAGCCACAUCGCUGUAAUGUCUGUGGGAAAUCCUUCUCAGUUGGGAGCAGCUUAACUAAACACAAACGUAUUCAUGCAAGAGAGAAAUCUGAAAUCACUCCUAAAUUCCCCAACCCCAUUUGUCCCUUGUAUUGUCCUGAAGCGAUGUUGGAAGAAUUAGGAAAAUCAUCAUAUGAGUGUGACAUCUGCAAAAAGUCAUUCUCAGAACAAGAGCAUUUUCUACAGAAAAUACAACAAUAUAGUAAUGCUUUCCAAACGACUUUAUUUGGAACAAAUACUGUGAAUGACAGAGGGUUUAUAUCCACAUUCAAAACCCAAGGUCAAGUAUAUCAUCGAAUCGGAAGCAUUUUACCACUAGAAAAUGAAGACCAUAAAUUUUUGCAAGUUUAUUUCAUUAACAACAUGCAAAAGCAAGCUGAAAUAAGGUGUAAUCCUCAUGAAGGACUUCACUUUGACAUAACACAACAACUUCAACAAAUGCUUCAUAACAAUAAUAAUUAUAUCAGGAGUUUCAAAUGUACCCUUGAUAAUACAGAAAGCAGAAAUUUUCAAUUGGUGAUCAAUUCUGAUGGAAUGCCCCCAGCUGAGCAUUCAAAGCAUUUUGGUGCAUCAGAGAUUAAUGUGAUAGCUAUAAUUUUAGCAGGUGAACAAACUGGAAAAUGGGAUAUAAUUAUAAAGUGGAGAGAUUGUUCCAUUCAACGCAUAAAACAGAAGAGAAGAAAAGUAUCCAUAUAUUUUACUGAAGAGAUGCCAAAGUUGUUAGGGAAAUCAAACUACUGUAACCUGUGUAAAAAGUCAUUUUCUCAAAGGGGCAGCUUAAAUAUUCACAAACACAUUCAUACAAGGGAGAAACCGUAUCACUGUGUUAUCUGCAAUAAAUCAUUCUCUGAAAAUGGUCCCUUAACUAAGCACAAAUGUGUUCAUACAGGAGAGAAACCUCAUCACUGUGACAUCUGUGGUAAAUCAUUCGUGCGAAAUGAUGAGUUAACUACUCACAAACGCACACAUACAGGAGAAAAGCCAUACCACUGUGAUAUCUGCGGUAAAUCAUUCUCUCAAAAACAUCAUUUAAUUAAACACAAACGUAUUCAUACAGGAGAGAAACCGUUUAAUUGUGAUGUGUGUGGUAAAUCGUUUUCUCAAAAAGGUACCUUAAUUACUCACAAACGUAUCCAUACUGGAGAAAGGCCAUAUCACUGCGAUAUAUGUGGAAGAUCAUUCUCUCAAAAUGAUCAGUUAACCAAACACAAACGUACUCAUACUGGAGAGAAACCAUAUCGAUGUGAUAUCUGUGGCAAAUCAUUCACUCAGGGUGGCGAAUUAACAAAGCACAAACGUAUUCAUACAGGAGAGAAACCAUACCACUGUGAUAUUUGUAGUAAAUCAUUCUCUCGAAACGAUCAAUUGAAUGGACACAAGCGUAUUCAUACAGGAGAGAAGCCACAUCACUGCGAUAUCUGUGGUAAAUCAUUCUCUCGAAAUGAUGAAUUAACUUCUCACAAGCGUGUUCAUACUGGAGAGAAACCAUAUCAGUGUGAUAUCUGUGGUAAAUCAUUCUCUGCUGGUAACACAUUAACUACUCAUAAACGAAUACAUACAGGAGAGAAACCAUACCAGUGUGAUAUCUGUGGAGAAUCAUUCUCUCAUGGAUGUACUUUAACAAGACAUAAACGUGUUCAUACAGGAGAGAAACCAUAUCACUGUGAUAUCUGUGGUAAAGCAUUCUCUCAGAAUCCUCAUUUAACUAAACACAAACGUAUUCAUAGAUAACAGUAAUCAUAUCACUAUGAUAUCGAAAGUAAAUUAAUUUCUGAAAAUGAUUACUUAUUGAUACACAUAUGCAUUCAUAUAAAAGGGAAGCCAUUUCACUGCCCCUCAAAGUGGUUUCAGUUAAAUUAAUGCUGCAAGUACAUUCAUACAAGAGUGAGAAAUGCUGUCACUGUGACAUCUGUAUUAAUUCAUUUUCUCAGGGGAGACAACUACACAUAUCUGCAUUCAUGAAGAACUAUAAAAGCAUUCUACGUAGAAAUUAAUGUAUUCGUACAUCAGCUCGCCGGACUCUGAUUGCGGGGCAUAUAACCUCAUUUCAAAUUGGAGAUAGAAAAACCUUACAUACACACACAUAUUAAGAACAAUAAUAAAAUAAAUCUGAAGUGAAGAAUUAAUGUAUAAUGCCUGUAUUGGCAAAAAAAACCCCGACCAUCCCAAAAUAUUACAACAAAAUACUAUACCACUGUGAUUUUUUCAAUAAAAACAUUUAUUCAUAAUGCUCAUAUAUAUAUAUCAUUUAACAUAUUUUUAGAAGGGGAAAAAUUUCCUAUUAAUUAAAAAAUUUUUUUUUAUAUUGUGGGUUAAAUAUCUGAAUAAUGCAAUCUCAUAAAUCCGAGAUUCCAUCAUUAAAUGGUUCUUGUAUUAGAAAUACACAAACAUGAAAGGUAAUAUUUGAUUACAUCAUAAGAAGAUGUCAGUAUAUCUUAUAGAUAUUCUGGGUCUUCUAGAGUUUCAUCAAUAUAUCUGCUCUAUUUAACAUGGUCCCAAACAAAUCAAAGAAGAAAAAGAUCCCAUCACCUUCUAAAGAGACUGGAACAAAUUUCUUCAAGGAAUACCUCUAUCUGGAUACAUCUCAGUCAACAACACCCUACUUGAAUGGACCAUGAUACUACAAAACUUGACUUGGAAUCAGAAGGGUUAAAAUUACUUAUAGAGCUCACGCCAUCACACACAUUAUUUAUAUACAUCAUAUAGAUAUAUAAUUAAUUAAUUAAUUGCAGGAUCCAAUUGAAUCUCUGAUCAUCACUGUUAAGAACCAAAUCUUAAAUUUUGGAUUUGAAUUUUUUUUCAUGAUGUAAUUGAUUUAUUCAUCAAUAAAAAAUAUGUCUGAAACAGCUAUAGUGAA